UUCUCAUGUAAGUGAUUUGGUGCAUUGUGCAAUGAUGGUGGUGAAAUGCACCUUUUCUACAACCCAGCUGGCAAAAAAACGAAGUUCAUUCACAGUGUUUUAUUAUCAGCUGUAGCGUUUAUUUGCAACUACAUGACUCAGCUUUUUUUUUUUAAUAACUCUAAGUUUCUUUUUUCAUCUUGGAAACUGCAUUUUUACUAUAUUUGGUUACGACAAAACAACAGUGAAGAGCUUGGAAUAACGAGGCAGUUUUUUUUUAAUAGUGAAAUGUAUAUGUAUGUAUACUACUUGUAUAUAAAACAUUGCCCUUUUACUUGGUUCCUUUCAUGAGAUCAGCACACAUGUUGUUUCUGAGCCUCAAAAAAGGCAUUUUUUCACUUAAUUGGGAAGAAAGUACUCUCUAUCAGCUUUCAAACGAAAAAAGUGUUGUUAAUCAAAGGGGUGUCGGAGUUACUAGGCCUUGUACCGACAAAAGAAAUCACUGAAACUAUGGACUAAUCUCACUCACUUUUAAUCCAUGUCUUUCAUCACAAUAGCUUCUGAUGUAGCUGAAGUUUACCCUAAAGCGUGCAAACUGUUUUGUGGGACUUUUCAGAGAAUUUCUCCUUUGUCUCGCAAACUGAAGUGAAAGCUUAACACUGGUUAAGUUUGCAGGCCACAUUACACCAGAUCUUUUCUUAUAUUGAUGUAUUCAAGUAUGGCUCUGAUCACAUAAAUGGAAUAACAUUUUUUGGUGCUCUUCUGAGAGCUGAAAAGACUGGAAAAUUGCACCAGAAAUGUUUAGUGUAGACAGAUAACAAUGCAAAUUUACACCUUGUUUUAUUCCAUGAAAUUCUGAGGACAUUUGUUUCAAAGUUAAAACGGGUAUUUCAGGGUAAUUUCUGUGUAUAAUCAGUACUGUGCAAAAGUCUUAGGCAGUCAAAGAAAAUGUUUAAAAAUAAAUUUAUCUGCAUAGGAAGUGAAUAUUUGCUAGGAAAAAUAAGCAAAGCACAAAUUGACAUAGGAACAUUUGCAAAUGGACAGUAACACGAUAAACAGUAACAAUAAAACAACAAAUAACAAUAAAAAUUCUUCUGUUCUCCAGAAAGUAACUGCUGUCUUGGAAGGCUAGAAGAAAACUACUUUUCUCACCAAAGCUCACGCUUCUCACAGGCACCCCAGCCAUUGAAUUUCACCACCAGUUCAAUUAAUUACAUACUUAACAUAACUUGUUGAGGUAUUGAUUGCCCAAAAAUGGUAUGCUAGUGAUUGAGUCAGCAAAUACAAGUAUAUUGGAUUGUUUUGGCAAAUAUUGGGCUGACUUUAAGAGAAGCUACAUCUUUAUUCUGUAGUCAUGCAGUUCUGCUAAAGUCUUGCAUCUGAUACCACAUCCCUACACUUGGUAAAAUUGACUAAGUUAAAACGGAAGCAAUAUCAUAUUAAUCAAAAAUAGAAAUAAUAGUCGUAUAUGUUUAUAGGUUAAUGAAGAGACUGCAUUUCUGGUCUUUCUCUUAGGGAUGGAUGAAUAUGUUGCAAACCUUGCUAACGUUAGUGUCGCAGUUUCUUAACAGCCUCUGACCACAAUCUAUAUAUUUCCUCAUUUUUGAACAUCACUUUUUUUCUUGUCACAAACGUUCUGUGUCCAUUGUGAAUUUGAUUGUUGCUCUGCCAAUGUCCCUGGGAAAAACAGUGCAGCACGCAAACCGGCUCCUGGGUCAGAGCGCAAUCAUGGUGAUGAUCAGGUCACCUCUUGUUUUACACAUCCUCGGCCAGCUGCUUUUCUGCAGCGGCAUUGUGUGGGCUUUUCCUGGAACUCGCACGGAGAGCCAUGCCACUGCUGAUCCCAGACUUGACGCCCGGCCUUUCACUGUGGUAUGGAACAUGCCCACAGCCAAAUGCCAGGAGAAGUAUGGGGUCGACCUGGAUCUGAGUGCCUUUGACAUCAUUGCGAACCAUCAUGAGAAAUUUCAGGGCCAGAACAUGACUGUUUUCUACUACAAUAAAUUAGGGUUAUACCCCUAUAUCUCUAAAGAGGGAGACCAGGUGAAUGGUGGUGUCCCACAGCAGAGUAAUUUGCAAGCACACCUCAGCAAGGCCAAGGCUGAGAUUGAGGACCUGCUUAAGCCAGGCUUCCAUGGACUGGCUGUAAUUGACUGGGAGAAGUGGCACCCCCUUUGGGUACGUAAUUUCAGUGCAAAGAAAAAGUAUAAGCUGCUCUCUGAACAGCUUGUUAUGGAAGAGCAUCCAGAUAUUUCCAGGCGGGAGGUGCUAUUUUUGGCCUGCCGAGAGUUUGAGAGGAGUGCAAAGCAGUUCAUGUCUGGUACCCUUCAGCUUGGUGCUGACACACGGCCUGCUGGGCUCUGGGGUUUCUAUGGAUUCCCUGCCUGUUACAACUACCACAAAGGGCAGCACAGCCUCAACUACACAGGACACUGCCACCCGAAGGCCAUGGAGUGGAACAGUCGCCUGGACUGGCUGUGGAACCACUCCAACGCCCUGUACCCAAGCAUCUACCUCCCUCUCCAGCUGGCUGGGUCACCAAAUUCCACCCUCAUGGUUCGCUAUCGAAUCCUGGAAGCCCUAAGGGUAGCAUCAUAUUAUUCUAUAUCACCAAAAGCCAAACCUGUGCUACCCUAUGCUAGGGUGGCAUUUGUUCACACUCUUCGGUUCCUGAACAAGAUAGACCUGGAUCACACACUGGGAGAAGCUGCGGCCCUCGGAGCAGCAGGGGUGGUGCUAUGGGGAGAGCUACGUUUUGCCAAAUCAAAGCACCAGUGCCAGCUCCUGAAGAAUUACGUGGACCAAGUCCUGGGGAAGUUUGUGCAGAACUUAAAACAUGCGGCUUGGCACUGCAGUGAUAGGCUCUGCAGUGGGAAAGGUCGUUGCACCCGACGAGACCCCCUGUCGGGACACACCCUGCACCAACCUGAUGCCCACCCAUCCAGCGUCUCUGGGAGGCUGCCAGCCAAUAGCACCCAGCUUGGCUUGGCUUUCCGAUGUGUGUGCUACCGGGGCUGGACUGGGGAACAGUGUCAGGAAAGGAUGCUUUAAAGGACAUUCUUAGGCAGGCUGAUAGAAAAGCAUUUGUAUUUUAGAUCAGGAAAUCUGGCACAUGUAUAAUGUUCCAAAUAUAUUCUAUUUAUAUACUUUCAAAUUAUUUACGCUGUAUCAAGAUACUUAAAAAUACAUCCAAAAUUUAAAGCCAAAUGUAAAAUACUUCCAUGAAUUGUGUUUGUGUGCAUAUGGAUUAAUUAAAGCCUGACAUUUUGCAUUGCAA